CCGGUGUCGGUUCGAGCACAGUAACGCCCUUUGUAUGGCAACCUUGUACGGAUACAGCAAACUCGUAGAGUACUUCCUGAACAAUGGAGCGCACCAGAACGCCGGAUUUUACUGCGGAGUGACGCCAUUGCAGAUCGCGACGAGACAUAAGGAUAUCCGAAUGAUGAAAAUCCUUCUCCAAUGGCCGAGCGAUCUCUACCGUAAAGGCCGAGUGAUUCGUGGAGAACUCGAUUAUAACACUGACGUCUUUCACCUCGCUAUUGACAUCGGCGCAUUUGAGGUCGCCAUUUUAUUAGCGGAUUCCGGAUAUAAUGUCACGCGUGUAAAAUAUUUUACAGACUGGUCACAAGCACCGCCGAGUUCGUUCAACAGCGAACCAGUCAUGUUGGACUACUUUCGGCAAAGGGCGUGUUCAGUUCAGGGUUUGUUUAUUUUGACUAUGUUUGCGAUUAGGAAAUCUAUGCCUGGUAAUAUAACAGAAAGCGCGCGAGAUUUGCCGCUACCUAAAUCACUUAUUGGCGCCAUACAGCUUGAGAAUGUAUUGACAUGAAAUAGUUUAUAUUAAUUGUUGGUAGAUGAAUUUGUAACGUUUUUUAACAGACAUAUAUUAAAUGGUUUUUUGCCUGAAAUUUGUUGAUAUUAGCGGAUUGAGAGCAUAGAUAAUCGGACUGACUGGAAUAGUAAAUGAAAGUAUCUUGACUUGCUGCGCUAUUUAAUGAGCCUCGUUCUGGAAAAACUGGGCGUAUUGCAUGUUCAUUAAGCGUCGCCCCAGAAAAGCCUAUGAAGACCGCAGUCUUUUUAGGGACGUGACUUUCCGAUUUUAGGGAAUUCUUCUUUUGUAAGAAGUCUUUUCUAUACGAAAUUCAAAUCUCGGGGUAAUAUGUUUGCCCUGAAUAGCCUGUGUGGAGUGCACAGACUAAUAUGUUACGACAUUUACACACAUGCAUUAAGUCCAGUUUUCCAAAAAACAACCAUGCUUAAAUAUUCAUUCAUAAUCAGCAAUAAUUAUGUUUUAAAAUGACUCCAAAUUAAAACGAAUCUUCACAAUAGUGGAGUUUAAUUUAUUAUUUUAUAAACCUAAUAUUAAACAACA